AUGGCGGCCCCUCCGGGCCUCCCUCCACCCAACGGCAACCCAGCAGUACCAACUCAAACAAACAUUGAUAGACAACGAACUGUGCGCUUCUCGGUAGACACCGCAGACUCUGCUCUCGCAGACAAACAGCAGCAGCAGCAGCAGCAACAGCCGCUGCAGCAGCAGCUUCAAGGCUUUCGUUCCCGUGCUGGGAUACCUGCAGCAGCAACAGCUGUACCGCAGCCUCGUGCAGCUUCUGUAAUGCUGCGUCAGACUCUCCCUGCUGCUGCUCCUGCUUCUCAUCAAUUCCGAAGCGAGAUUCUGCCGCAUGAAGCAGCAGGAGCAGCAGCAGCUGCUGCAGCUCCUGCUGCUGCUAGGGUAGACAGCAGCGCCACCCGCAGUGCCUUCGUCUCACCGCUGGAAAACAGACAGCUUAGCAGAUCCGCUCCUCUGCAGCAUCUGCAGCAGCAGCAGCAGCAGCAGCAAGUGCUGCUACCUCGUGCUGCGUCUUCCUACAUGGCGGACAUUAACAGCAGCAUUCGCGCAUCACCUCCUCUUCAACCGCAGCAACCGCAGCAGCAGCAGCAGCAGCAACAGCAGCAGCAGCAGCAGCAGAGUCGUGGCCGCCGUGUAUUUGAAAUAGAAGGAACCCCUUCUUCUCUUAGAAGAAUAUCAGCUAUGAAUUUAAAGCAGCCAAGCACUGCUCUUCAUAAGCUAGCUAAUGUAGCUUUCAUCGCACCCUCACAAAGACGCAGCGGCAGCUGCCCUAUACUUUCUCGCCUUGGUGUAAGAGCUCAUCCGCAGCAGCUCGCACUAUAUGGAUUGGUGCAGCAACCUGCUGCUGCUGCUGCUGCUGCUGCUGCUGGUGCUGCUGGUAGUGGUGCUCCUGCUGCUGUAGAUGCUACGCAAUCAGGAGGAGGUCUUAGAUACCUGCAGCAGCAGCAGCAGAUGCAGCAGCAGCAGCAGAUGCAGAUGCAGCAGCGAAUGCAGCAGCAGCAGCAGCGGCAGUUCUGCUUCCCAGCUUCGUGCUGCUUCGUCCCCCAGAGCAGCUGCAGCAGCCGCUGCAGCGAUCUUCUCAGCAGCAGCAGCAGCAGCAGCAGCAGCCCCAUGGAUAAUAAAGGCUGGCUGCAGCAGCAAAAUGUCCCCUCUGAUUAUUUUAAACUUCAAGAAGAAGUGCAGUGGCUUAGAGAGCAAAACGCAAAUUUAUUAAAAGAAAGAAACGAGCUGCUGGUAGAGACGGAUGCACAGCGAAGAGAGUUAGAAGCUGUAUCGCGAUUGGUAGGGCAGCAGCAAGGAGCUGCUGCUGUUAUUAACUCAAAAGACAGCAGCAGCAAAGAGCAGGCAGAGCAGCUGCAAGCACUUGAAGAUGAAAAUCAAGAGCUUAGACAGCAGCUCGCUGAUCUAAGCGCAGCUCUAUGCACUCCCUCAGCAACCAAGGAGUAA